AUGCUCAAAUCAAUUAACUGGUACUUGAUCGCUUUAUCAUGGCUAUACCUGUUGUCAUCAACAGUCAAUGCUCAAACCACUACUCCAGAAUACACUUAUAGACCAAACCCUGACUUCCCAACUACUGGCUUGAUUACAACUCCAGAGUCUUUACAAGGAACUAUCAACACUGAUACUAGAGUCACUUCCACUGCUAGGCCGCCUGCUCCUCCUUCAACAACUAGAUCUACAACUUCAUCAACCACCUCAAGAUCUACACAACAGCCGCCAACUCAAGGUCCUCCUACCCAAGGUCCUACCCAAGGUCCAACUCAAGCUCCACCAACACAGGGUCCGCCAACACAAGGUCCAACUCAAGAACCGCCUGCUCCUCCAUCACCACCAACAACUACUCAAGCACCACCACCUCCACCAUCUCCACCAACUCAACCAACUCAAAAUCCUCCUCCUGCACCUCCACCUGGCGAAAAUGUCUAUUAUUCAACUUCAACAAUCUAUACGACUCAAAAUAUUCCACAUGUGGUCCAUUCAACUCUCUUUUCAACAGUCACCUUCAAUGUCCCUGUCACUUCAACUGCUACUGAUUAUGUUACUGUAACCGAAGUUGAAAAUACUCAAACAGUCAAUACCCCAUCAACUUCAUACUUAACAAUUACAACGACAAUCCCGGGCUCUACAACUACAUCUCAUUGGGAAACUCCAUCAGUUCAUUGGUCUGAAUCACUAACAACAAGUAGCUUGGUCAUCCCAUAUCCAAGCUUAUCUGUUGAUAUAAGUACAAUUACAAAUACCCAAAUCCACACAUAUUAUGAACCUGUUGAAACAGUAAAUUCUGAACUUUCAAGUUCAUUAGUUGUCUCACCAAAUACUACCUUCACAACCACAUUCUAUAAUUAUUACACUCAAACUAAUUUUCAACAAUUUUUAACCACUGAAACUUUGUUUGACUAUUCUUCAUCCACUCAAACGGGUACUCAGUUUGCUACAUUAUCAUUUACAAAUGGGUUAUGGAUUGGUGUCACUGAUAUCUUAAGUUAUGCAUCAACUUUAGACUAUCCACCAAUUACUCAAACUUCAACUCAAGCUUUUGAAUUUAUUCACGGUUUAACUACAAGAACUAAUUUUAAAACUGUCACAAAUGAAAUUGCUAGAACAACAGUUUAUUCCACUAUUAGUUCAUACAUUACCACUACAGUUACUGAAUAUUUACAAAAUGGUGAAACCGUUUAUCCAAUCUCCACAGUAACUUUUACCUUCACAUCUAGGGUGCCAACAUCAAUCACAAUCACUUCAACAUUCACACCUCCAGCUCCAACCCCGCCACCAGCUGUUACACCAGUGCCAACACAACCAACUAUCACUGUUAGUGUUCCUUCACAAACUGCAACUGUCACCUCAACAACAAGUAUUAUUCCAACUGAUUGUAUUGUACCUUCUCAAGCUAUUGCUGCGCCUUUUGCGGUUCAAGAGACAAAUGCUGCCACUAAGAGAAGCAGUGAUAAGAAAUUGAUUAGUGUUUUCGUUGGAUUUGUUUUAAUUGCACUAAUUUGAAACAAAUGGUUUGCUGAUCUUAUCUUUUGGCGUUUUACUUACUUUUUCA